AUGCGGGAAGCGAACGUCUUUCUCAGUUUAAUAAUAUUCCUGUGCGCAUAUGCGUCAGCUCAGGAUUCUUACGAUCAAGAGCUUCAACUUCCCACAAGUACUGUGGAAUUAUCAAUGCAAAAUCAUGAUCAAGUGCUGAACAGUUCUCAGGUUGUAUUCGUGGCUUUUUGUGCUGAUUGGUGUCCAUUUUCGCGGCGAUUGAAACCAAUUUUCGAAGAAUCAGCACGUGUUUUCAAAAGAGAUAAUCCUAAUGCUAGUGUGGUAUGGGCUAUUGUGGAUAGUGUUCGACAGGCUGAUGUUGGUGACAAGUACUAUGUGAAUAAAUAUCCAACCAUGAAGAUAUUUGUCAAUGGAGAAUUGAUACAAAAGGAGUACAGGUAA